AGUGAUGGCAUCUUUUGAUCUUGUAGAUGAGCUUAAUUGCUCCAUCUGCCUGAGCAUUUAUACUGAUCCUGUAUCCCUACCAUGUGGCAACAACUUCUGCCAGGGCUGCAUUGGGAGGGUGCUGGAUGCCCAGGAGGGAUUUGGGCAUUAUUCCUGCCCUGAAUGCAGAACUGAGUUUGAGAAGCGCCCAGCCCUGCAGAGGACCAGAACUCUGGGCAACAUAGCAGAGGGCUUUCUUUACACUCAUCCAGAACAUGAUGGAACUCAGAUCUUCUGCACUUACUGCAACACUCCUGUGCCCGCUGUAAAGUCCUGUGUGCAGUGCGAGAACUCUCUGUGUGAUGCACACUUACAGAAGCACAACAAGUCAGUGGAACAUGUCUUAAUUGAACCCACCAUCUCCUUCAGCAACAGAAAAUGUUCCACCCACAACAAGCUCCUGGAGUAUUACUGCUGUGAGGAUGGAACUCCUAUCUGUUCAUCAUGCUGUCUGGCUGGAGAGCACAGGGGCCACAGGGUGGAGCUGCUGAGUGAGGCUUCUGAGAAGAAGAAAGAAAAAAUGAGGAAAGUUCUGGAGAAACUGAGACCACAGAGAGAGGAGACUGAGAGAGGAGCCCAGAGGCUUCAAGAGCGCAGGAGAGAAGUGGAAGAAAAAUCAGCCGGUGAGACAGAGAGAGUCACCGCCCUGUUUAGAGAUAUCAGGGAACAGCUGGAAGCCCUAGAGAAGCGACUCCUGAGUGACAUCUCCAGUCAGAAAGAGAAGCUCUCACUCACACUCACUGAUCUGAUCCACCAGCUGGAAAUAAAGAAGGACGAGCUUUCCAUGAAGAUCCGUCACAUUGAGGAGCUGUGCAACAUGGCAGAUCCACUAACUGUCCUACAGGAACGAGAAUCACAUGGAGCUGCAGAUAAUGAGGGGGGCAGAGAGAGAGAUGAUAUAAAGGUCCCUGCUGUAGGGGAUCUGGAUGUGGAUCUGAUCUCAGAGACAUUACUCACAGGCUUAGCUGGGAUUGUGACUGGGGUAAAGGGAUGGUGGCUCUGUUGGCAGGAGGCUACAGACCUGGCACUGGAUACAAACACAGCGGCUAAUAAUGUUUCUAUAUCAAGCGACAGGAAAUGUGUCUCCUUCUCACGUACAGAUCAGCGUCGCCCCAAAACACCAGAGAGAUUUGAAUGUUUUCAGGCUUUAAGCACAAAGAGCUUCACCUCAGGGCGACAUUAUUGGGAUAUGGAGGUCAGUAAAUUGUGGUGCUGGGCAGUAGGGGUGGCCUAUUCCAGUAUAGGGAGGAAAGGAGCUCAGUUCUAUCUUGGGAACAAUAACAAGUCCUGGUGUUUAUACAUAUCAGAAGAGAACAAUAUAUAUAUUGUGAGACAUAACAGAGAAGACAUAGCUUUACCCCAUAGGCGUUCAUGCAGGAGAAUCAGGAUCUCAUUGGACUAUGAGGCUGGAUGUUUGUCUUUUCAUGAGCUGAGUGAGCCAAUCAGACACUUACACACCUUCACUGUCUCCUUCACUGAACCUCUUCAUGUUGCAUUGUCUGUAUGGGGUACUCAAGACAAGGUGAGAAUCAUUAGUUAGCCUCAAAGCCAAGACAGCCCGGCCAGCCACGUUGGCCCCCAACCCCCUGCGUGAACAGGCCCACACUUUAAGGUUAAAGAGCGGAACUCACUCAGCUGGACUAGGGGUAGGCAAAAGGGAUGGUACAAGGGAUGGUACAUGGCGCCCUCCAAGCUUUGCGCCCCUUGGCUCGUGACUCUUUUGCCUACCCCUAGUUCUGACCAUGUUUAGCCUGAUGGGGGGUGUAUGUAAGUACCUAUUAAAGGGUUUGAAAUAUCGGGGGCUUAUUUCAUGUACCUUAUAUGCAUCUUUGAUUUGUGAACCUUAUUAUCAAAGUAUCCCAUUCCCACUUAUUAAUUAUCCUUGAAAGUUCCUUUCCCUGACUAAUUUCCAGAGCAGAAGAGGUAGAGCAACUGAGAAGGCUUAGGGAAGAAUUGGGAGAAUGGGUAACAGAGAGCCGUUAAGAGACCCUCAAAUGAUCUUGUGCUCAGAAUCAGAUCCCCUUGGCUGCUGCUUGCCCAAACUCCAUCAUGGUGCCAGUUGUUCUGAUUACUCGGAUUGGUCCUUACAGCCCAGAGGUCCACCUCCUACUGCUCCUUAUUAUUAAUUGUAGCACCCAUUGUGUGUGUAUAUAUAAAUGUACUUAUUAUUUAAUGCUAUAUGGAUCCAUUUCAAGGUUGUAUUGUAAAGAUAUGUUGAUCAGAAUGUUGGGGUGGGGUAGGGAUUAUUGGUUUACUAUAACUACUGUACUUUCUGCAAAUUAUAAUCCAGUAUAGAGAGCCUGUAUUAGCAUUUAUCAUUAUGACAUAUUUAUAACAGGGGCACAUUCCUCGGUGCUGAACAAUAGAAGGGUUUAAUAAACACUCCCCAUUGUGAGAAUGUUAUACUAAUAUAUAUCUAAGUAGUCUUGAAUAAACUUUUUAGAGAACAUUUGAAUGCUUUUUGUGUUGUACUAAUAAAUAUUUCUCUAUAUAUAUACAUAUUG